UUGAUGUUAAUGCGCGCCUAGCCUGCUGAGACCGGACGUCAUUGUUCGCGAGGCAGAUGAACCACUGGAUCGCGUACGAGUCACAGUCGUACGGAUUGUCGUCGUUGGCACACAACUUCACUACGCAGACAUGAGGAAAUUGGCAGGUUUACGUUUUCUGAAGUUUAGCCAGAAAGACUACCAUGCUAUGGCAGCACCUGAGAUGCCUCCAUGUGAUUAUCAGCCAAAGAAGUACACAGGACUACAUUAUGACAAGAUUCAAGAAAUACGAGAAGAUCACCUGGUUCCAUGCAUUGUAUCCUACUAUAAAAAGCCUCUGUUAAUCCAUGAUGGAUAUAUGCAGUGGCUCUUUGAUCACACCGGCAAACGAUAUCUUGAUAUGUUUGGAGGAGUUGUAACUGUUAGUGUUGGACAUUGUCAUCCUACUGUAAAUAAAGCAGCCAAAGAGCAGAUGGAAACUUUGUGGCAUACUACUAAUAUAUACAUGCACCCAAAAGUCCAUGAAUAUGCAGAAAAAUUGACAGCAAAACUUCCAGGAGAUCUAAAGUUUGCAUAUUUUGUGAAUACAGAUUCUGAAGCUAAUGAUCUGGCACUCAUUAUGGCUCGACUUCAUACCAAACACUUUGACAUUAUUUCAUUUCGCAAUGCAUAUCAUGGAAUGAGUACAUACACCAUGGGCCUUACUGCACUGUCCACAUGGAGGAUAAAUGUUCCUAUUGCUCAAGGAAUUCAUCAUGCAAUGAAUCCUGAUGUGUAUCAAGGGAUAUGGGGCGGUGCUCAGUGUCGGGAUUCUCCAGCACAAACAACACGGACUUGUGAUUGCCAGCCAAACAAGUGCCAAGCAAGUGAUUUGUAUUAUGACCAGCUUGAAGCUAUUUUCAAAUACUCUUUGCCAAGAGGACAGGUGGCUGGAUUAUUUGCUGAAGCUGUACAAGGACUUGGCGGAAUAGUUCAGUUUCCAAAGGGUUAUUUAAAAAGAGCUUAUGAAUUGGUGAGGAUAAAUGGUGGCGUAUGCAUUGCAGAUGAAGUACAGUCUGGAUUUGGACGCACUGGAGAACAUUUUUGGGGAUUUGAAAUGCAUGGUGUGAAGCCUGACAUUGUAACAAUGGCAAGGGCAAUUGGAAAUGGUUUUCCAAUGGCUGCUGUUGUAACAACACCUGAAAUAGCUAAAACUAUGGGACAGGUUUUGGACUUAAAUACCUUCGGAGGAAAUGCUCUUGGAUCCGCUGUUGGACUUGCUGUUCUUAAAGUUAUAGAAGAUGAACGGGCACAAAGAAACUGUCUGGAGGUUGGCACACACUUAAUAAAACAGCUUGCAUUACUGAGAGAUGAAUUUGAAUGUAUUGGAGAUGUGCGAGGCAAGGGAUUAAUGGUUGGUAUUGAAAUGGUGGCAGACAAGGACAAGAAAACUCCGAUCUCGGCAAAACAAUUCAUGGAAAUAUGGGAGGACUGUAAAGACAUGGGAGUACUGUUGGGGAGAGGUGGACUUUGUGGAAAUGUUCUGCGCAUGCAGCCACCAAUGUGUAUUACCAAAGCAGAUGCAGAUUUUACUGUUGAUGUUAUUCGAAGGGUUCUUCUGAAACAAAGACUGAAAAACAAAAAGACCCAAGAUAGACAUAAAUGAUGUCUAUUUCUUUG